AUGGCGCAGCUCGCGGUGCGGUGGCUGCUGCUGUCCUUGCUCCUGGUGGUCUCGCCACCUGUGUCGGCUUCAGCUGGUAUCGUGAAGCUCAACUCGUCGUCGCCCCUCUUUGGCAUCGAGUUACCGGCGUUCAACACCGCCAUCGCCGUCACCGGCUGCGACAGCAAGCUGGCUGCAGCCGAGGAGGCGGUGGAUAAGCAGAAGCCGCCGUCGCUGAAGCUGCACAUGAACCGCCGCGCCGCCGCGGCGGAGGGGGGCAGGACUCGGAAAGAGUCGCUCUUAGAUUUGGCCGACAAGGACGCCGUCCGCAUCGAGACGAUGCACCGGAGAGCGGUGCGCUCCGGCGGGGACCGGACGCCGGGGUCUUCGUCUCCGCGGCGGGCGCUAUCGGAGCGGAUGGUGGCGACGGUGGAGUCCGGCGUGGCGGUCGGGUCCGGCGAGUACCUGAUGGACGUCUACGUCGGCACGCCGCCGCGGCGUUUCCGGAUGAUCAUGGACACCGGCAGCGACCUCAACUGGCUGCAGUGCGCGCCGUGCCUGGACUGCUUCGAGCAGCUUGGCCCCGUGUUCGAUCCGGCCGCGUCCUCCUCCUACCGCAACGUCACCUGCGGCGACCAGCGCUGCGGCCUCGUGGCGCCGCCCGAGCCGCCGAGGGCGUGCCGCCGCCCCGGGGAGGACUCCUGCCCCUACUACUACUGGUACGGGGACCAGUCCAACACCACCGGCGACCUGGCCCUCGAGUCCUUCACGGUCAACCUCACGGCCCCCGGCGCGUCCCGCCGCGUGGAGGGCGUCGUGUUCGGGUGCGGGCACUGGAACCGCGGCCUCUUCCACGGCGCCGCGGGGUUGCUGGGCCUCGGCCGUGGCCCGCUGUCGUUCGCGUCCCAGCUCCGCGCCGUGUAUGGGCACACCUUCUCCUACUGCCUGGUGGACCACGGCAGCGACGUCGCCAGCAAGGUGGUGUUCGGGGAGGACGACGCCCUGUCUCUGGCGGCGCAUCCGCAGCUCAACUACACGGCUUUCGCGCCCGCGUCGUCGCCGGCGGACACGUUCUACUACGUGAAGCUCAAGGGCGUGCUGGUGGGCGGCGAGCUGCUCAACAUCAGCUCGGACACGUGGGGUGUGGGCGAGGGCGGAUCCGGCGGCACCAUCAUCGACUCCGGCACCACGCUGAGCUACUUCGUGGAGCCGGCGUACCAGGUGAUCCGGCAAGCGUUCAUCGAUCGCAUGAGCAGGUCGUACCCUCUCAUCCCGGACUUCCCGGUGCUGAGCCCGUGCUACAACGUGUCUGGCGUGGAGCGGCCGGAGGUGCCGGAGCUGUCGCUGGUGUUCGCCGACGGUGCCGUGUGGGACUUCCCCGCGGAGAACUACUUCAUCCGGCUGGAGGACGGCAUCAUGUGCCUGGCGGUCCUGGGCACCCCGCGGACCGGCAUGUCUAUCAUCGGUAACUUCCAGCAGCAGAACUUCCACGUCGUCUACGACCUGCAGAACAACCGGCUGGGCUUCGCGCCGCGGUGGUGCGCCGAGGUGUAG